AUGGGCUUUAAUAUAGCGAUGCUGUGCGACUUUUUUUAUCCACAGUUAGGUGGAGUGGAAUUCCAUAUAUAUCAUUUAUCGCAAAAGCUAAUAGAUUUGGGUCAUUCUGUCAUCAUUAUAACUCACGCCUACAAAGAUCGAGUCGGCGUACGACAUCUUACCAAUGGUUUGAAAGUCUACCACGUACCAUUUUUUGUGAUUUUCAGAGAAACUACCUUUCCCACUGUUUUUUCAACAUUUCCGAUAAUAAGAAAUAUUCUUCUCAGAGAGCAGAUCCAAAUUGUUCAUUCUCAUGGCAGUGCUUCCACCUUCGCUCACGAAGGAAUUCUUCAUGCUAAUACUAUGGGACUGAGAACUGUGUUCACAGACCAUUCACUGUACGGUUUUAAUAAUUUAACGUCGAUUUGGGUGAAUAAGUUAUUGACAUUCACCUUGACAAACAUAGACAGAGUUAUAUGUGUUUCUAAUACAUGCAAAGAAAAUAUGAUUGUCCGAACAGAAUUAAAACCUGAUAUAAUAUCUGUAAUUCCCAACGCAGUGGUGAGUGAAGAUUUCAAGCCAAGAGACCCUACCGAUGGCACCAAGAGAAGACAAGGCAGGGAAAAGAUAGUGAUUGUAGUUAUUGGAAGGCUCUUCCCAAACAAAGGGUCCGAUUUGCUUACUCGUAUAAUUCCGAAAGUCUGUUCCUCACAUGAAGAUGUAGAAUUUAUAGUUGCGGGCGAUGGUCCAAAGUUUAUUGAUUUUCAGCAAAUGAUUGAAAGUCACAGACUACAGAAACGUGUGCAACUCCUGGGUUCUGUUCCACACGAGAAAGUCAGUGAUGUACUGUGUCAAGGUGACAUCUAUUUACACGCUAGUUUAACAGAAGCAUUUGGUACAAUUCUAGUCGAGGCUGCAUCUUGCAAUUUGCUGAUUGUAACGACGCAGGUCGGAGGCAUUCCCGAGGUGUUACCCAAUGAGAUGACUGUUUACGCAGAGCAGACAUCGGUUUCUGACCUUGUCCAAGCAACAAAUAAAGCUAUUAAUAUAAUAAGAAGUAAAACUUUGGACACUUCUUCUUUUCAUGAUAGUGUGUCUAAAAUGUACGACUGGAUGGAUGUAGCCAAAAGGACAGUUGACAUAUACACUGAUAUCUCUUCUACUUCUUCUACAGAUGAUAAAGAUUGGAUGAAAAUGGUAGCGAAUCUUUACAAAAGGGACGGAAUCUGGGCGAAACAUCUUUAUCUGUUAUGUGGCAUUGUAGAAUACAUGCUAUUUUUUCUUUUAGAGUGGCUAUACCCGAGAGAUGAAAUUGAUCUAGCUCCAAAAUGGCCCAAGAAAACAAUCUCCGACAAGGAAAAGGAAGCAAGAGAAACAUGA